CCGCGUGGGGUGGACGUGUUCCAUCAAUCUUCAUCGUUCCCGCCAUUCGUAACAGCACUCCGUAUAACGCCUGCAAUUAUAACGAACAAUGGAUAAAGAUAAUAAAAUGAUGUGAUGACACAAGGUCGUCAACCUCUUACCAUAAUGGAUGGUAACCCGCCGACUUGCGACUUUUCUACGAAAACAAAACGCGGGGUUUACCUCUCGAAGAGCCUCGCUUUUGUUAUUUUAGUAAUAUUCGCUUUAGCUUUAGUGGCGACUGCCUUCUUAGUGUAUAACUUUGCUGCCUGUCCGAGGACUGACCAAUUAGCUAAUGUGACAAAGUAUGAACUUACUCAUUGUGAACCUAAACUAUUAGUUAUACCGUUGACAGCUGAUAGUAAUAAAACUGUCGUAACAACAGAAACGACAACUGAUUUGGUUGAAACUACUACUAUAGAAGAAAUUCCUACAGUAACAGAUGUACGUUUACCAUUAAAUGUUAAACCAGACACUUACUACCUCAAACUUACUCCAUACAUAUUCGAAGGUAAUUUCACCUUCGAUGGAGAAAUAAGUAUAGUUGUAACAGUUAAAAAUGAAACAAAACAAAUAACUUUCCAUGGUGUAGAAUUAACGUAUCAUAAUAUAAAGCUAUUGAAAAAAGAAAAUGGAAAGGAAAUUAAAAUCCUAAGUAGGACGGAAGAUGUACCAAGACAAUUUCAAAUUCUAUCGCUAGAAGAACCGCUUGUAGUAGGGAAGCAGUAUUAUUUAAAUAUAUCGUACACGGGGAUAUUGAACGACAACCUGCAUGGUUUCUACAGAAGUUCGUAUGAAGAAAAGAAAGUUAAACGAUGGAUAGCAGUGACACAGUUUCAAGCGACGGACGCACGGCGUGCGUUCCCAUGCUGGGACGAACCGGCGCUCAAAGCUCGCUUCACCAUCAGCAUCGCGCGACCCAGCAACAUGACCACCGUCUCCAAUAUGAACAUCGUCGCCACACAGAAACAUGAAUUCCUCAAGGGUUAUGUCUGGGACCACUAUGCUGAAUCUCUUCCGAUGUCAACGUAUUUAGUCGCAUUUGCUGUAACUGACUUCGGAAACAUGAGUGAUCACAAUUUCUCCGUGUGGGCGAGGAAGGAAGCUUUGCCAUCUGCCGCCUAUGCCUUGGAUAUAGGACCAAAGAUUUUAAAGUUCUUGGAAGAAUACUACAAGAUAGAAUUCCCUCUGCCUAAAAUUGAUAUGAUGGCGUUACCUGAUUUCAAAGCAGGUGCUAUGGAGAAUUGGGGAUUGCUUACUUUCAGGGAAAUAGCAAUGUUAUACGACGAAGGUGUAUCGCCAACAACAGCGAAGGCGCGCGUGGCAUCAGUGGUGGCGCACGAGAUCGCGCACCAGUGGUUCGGUAACCUGGUCACCCCCGCCUGGUGGUCAGAUAUUUGGCUCAAUGAGGGAUUCGCCAGUUACGUCGAGUAUGUUGCUGUUGAUGCAGUGGAAAAGACUUGGAAGUUGAUGGAAGUGUUCGUAUUGAACGAAGUACAAAGCGUGUUCAAAUUAGAUGCGCUCACUACUUCGCACCAAAUAUCUGUAGAAGUUGGCAACCCAGAGGAGAUUGGAGCUAUAUUUGAUAAAAUUUCUUACGGAAAAGGUUCAGCGAUUCUUCGUAUGAUGAACCACUUCCUUACUGACUCGGUGUUCAACGCUGGUAUCACGGCUUAUUUGAAUGCAAGGAAGUUUUGUGAUGCCGAACAGAGCGACCUCUGGGGGGCGCUUACUAACGCUGCAAGGGAGAGAAAGGCCUUUGACGCUGAUGUAGGCGUUGUGAUGGACUCCUGGACGUUACAGACCGGAUUCCCAGUGCUGACUAUAACUAGAGAUUAUAAAACUGGUGUUAUACAUUUCAAACAGGAAAGAUUCGCUUUGGUUAAUAUAACGUCAGAGGACCAGAAAUCUCCCGUGUGGUGGAUCCCGGUUUCGUACACAACAGCAGCGGAGAAAGACUUCGAGUCAACCCGGCCCAAGCUGUGGUUGCGCGGAGAGAGGUCAAUUGCGGUGAAGAACAUCACCGUCAGUGAUGAUGAUUGGUUCAUCGCUAAUAUACAACAGACAGGUUUCUAUCGAGUUAACUACGAUCGACACAAUUGGAAACUUCUAGUGAAUAUUUUGAACGAUAAGAACCGAUUCCAAGAAAUACAUCCGAUAAAUCGAGCGCAAAUCAUCGACGAUGCAAUGAAUUUAGCAUUAGCAGGACAUUUGGACUACAGAACGGCCCUGGAUAUCACAAGUUAUUUGAAACAUGAACGAAGCUAUGUACCAUGGAAGGCUGGCUUAGUUGCUCUUGGCUAUAUUGAUAUUAUGCUGUCGAAGGGAGCUUACUAUUUGGAGUAUAAGCGCUACGUGCUUCGGCUGGUGGGUGCUGCGGUAGAGGAGGUUGGUUGGAGAGUGUCAGCAGGCGAGAGCGUGGUGCGCGCGCAGCAGCGAGCGGACUUGCUGGCUGCCGCCUGUCACCUGCAACACCGCGCUUGCCUCGAGCACGCUGUGCGUCUUUACACCAACUGGAUGCUCAGCCCUAAUCCUGACGCGUACAACGAGAUCCACGCGGACAUUCGCAGCACUGUAUACUGCAUCGGGGUGCAGACGGGCGGCGCUACCGAGUGGAGCUUCGCUUGGGAUCGGUUCACCGUAGCCAGCUCGCCCUCCGAAAGAGAACUGCUGCUAUCCGUGCUCGGGUGUACUAGGGCACCGCAUUUAUUAUACAGAUAUCUGGAGCUAUCUCUGCGCAAUGACAGCGGCAUUCGCAAGCAGGACACGGUGCGUGUGUUCUCCGCGGUGGCUGGUUCCGCCAUCGGGGAGCCCAUUGCGUUUAACUUCGUGCGCGCCAACUGGCAGAGGCUGAAAGACUACGUCGGCUCCGUAUCAACACUUAAUUCGAUUAUCAAAAUCGUUACUAGGAGAUUGAAUCAAGCACAUGAAUAUGAAGAGCUACAGAGAUUCGUGAAUGAGUCGUGCAGUGAGUUGGGCAGGCCGGUGCUGCAAGUGUUGGAGAGGACGUCAGCUAAUGUUGCGUGGAUGCAGAAUAACUAUCAGACUAUAAUCGAUUGGCUGUUGAAAGCGGAUAAGAAUGGACCGGCUGUUGCUGAUGCGUGAAAAAGUUAACUGUUUUUUUAUUGAAAUAUAAUAUUUCUUGA